AGAACUGAAAUGCUAGACGACGUGCCUAAGGAAAUCGUUGAAAAUCAGUUGAAGACAAUUGCGGUUGGGCACCCAGUAGGGACCCCAGAUAACAUUGCUCGAAUCGUGGCAUGGCUUUGUAGCGACGACUCGAAGUGGGUUUCAGGGCAGACAAUCUCUGCUUCUGGCGGUUUCUUGAUGCUCUAGAGGGAGGUUGGCAGUGGUGUUAUUCUGUUGAGGUUUACUGAUAAUGGUUCCCUUGUGGCCGUUGUUUGAGUUCCAACACUGUUGAUGUUUGGACAGAAAUGGAC